AUGGAAUACCCGCAAGAAAGCUUCAAAGCCACAACUUUCGCUCCAGACUCCUUUUGGGCCCGUCGCCGACAAGUUGUUCGAUCCCAAACACUGCGGCACCAGCUGCAGAUGCUGAAGGAGACUGGACGAUAUGACGCCUUCAAGUUGAAGUGGCAUCCGAGUUACUCGGAUCCAUACACAGUGUGGCCGGUGCCCAAUCACCAGUUUUGGGAUUCGGAUGUGGCCAAAUGGAUCGAAGGUGCUUGCUAUUUUCUGAUGGAUUUUCCAGACGAAGAGAUAGAUGCGGCCGUCAGGGAGCUUGUGGAAAUGAUUCAGAACGCUCAGCAGCCGGAUGGGUACCUCAAUAUUCACUACACGGUAGUUGAACCUGGGAAGAGGUUUACCAACCUGCGUGACAUGCAUGAACUAUAUAAUGCUGGACACCUUGUUGAAGCUGCGCUCGCCCACCGCGCCCUUUACAAAAACGAUGAAUUGUUGUCGCCGAUUCUGAAAUAUGUUGCGCUCCUUGCAGCUACCUUUGGGAACCAGGAGGGACAAAAGGCUGGCUAUCCUGGUCAUCCAGAAAUCGAACUAGCCCUUCUACGGCUGUAUAAAGUAACAAAAGACCCUGACCACCUUCGUCUCGCCCGUUUCUUUCUUGAGGAGCGUGGGAAUUCCUCUGGCGGAAAAGAACGGCGGCAUUACUAUGAUGUUGAGGCCGAGGCACGAGGCGAGCGCAAGCACGAAGUGCCCGAAGCUUAUCCAGCCGCGAGAAGCUAUUGGCAAGUCUUCUCCUUUGUUGCGCCUGGAGACAAUCCAGGCAUUUGUGUUCUGCUGUAUCAACAAGCCCAUGUCCCAAUUACCCGACAGCAAACAAUUGAGGGACACGCUGUUCGUGCCAUGUACCUCCUAACCUCAGUUGCGGACCUGGUCCGCAUCUCCGAGCCAAGCAGUGACGUUGCCAACAAGUUCUUGCCCACUUUGCAUCGACUUUGGUCGAACAUGAUCGAGAAGAAAUCCUACGUAACGGGCGGCAUUGGUGCCAUGAAACAGUGGGAGGGUUUUGGCAUUGAUUAUUUCUUGCCCCACGGAACGGAUGAGGGUGGCUGUUAUGCAGAAACUUGCGCAGCAAUUGGGGUGAUGAUGCUGGCCGAACGGUUAUUACAGAUUGAACUUUACAGCCACUAUGCGGACAUUUUGGAGCUGUGUCUCUAUAACGCAGUCCUAACAGGAAUGAGCUUGGAUGGAAAGGGAUUCACCUAUGUGAAUCAACUCGCCUCAUCAGAAAAAGACGUGUCCCGGCGCUAUGAAUGGUUCGAGUGUGCCUGUUGUCCGCCCAACGUUACUCGAACGCUUGGCUGUCUGGGCGGUUAUCUUUGGAGCUACAAGGUUGACAACGAGACACAGAAGGCUACCGUCAACGUACAUCUUUAUACCUCGGCUACAUUGCGCUUUGAGGUCGCCGACUCCAGGAUCGAGAUUGCUCAGGAGACACAAUGGCCAUGGCACGGGGAUGUCUCUUUUUCUGUGAAGAUUGACGGCCCGUCAGUGAACCUGGAGCUGCGGAUGCGAAUUCCUGGAUGGGCAAGCACAUGGGAGGUUAUUCCGCAGCCUUCACGGCCGGAUCUUCGUGACGGGUAUCUGUAUUUAUCCUCAGACUGGAUCCAGCAGCAUGCAGAAUUCCGUCUCAGCUGCCCGAUGCGCCCCCGAGUGGUAAGGCCGCAUCCAUUGACGAUGCAGCCUGUAGCCUACGUCACCCGCGGACCGAUAGUGUACUGCGUCGAGGAUGUGGACAAUCCUUGGGAAAAUGAUCAUUUUAAGAGAAUCAUCUUCGAUAUAAAUGCACCUUUACAGGAGGAGGUACAAUCGACUCCCGAUCAUCACGUGGGUAUCAUCGCCCAAGGUGGCUCUCGAGGAACGUUGGAUACAUCCCGUUGGAGGCAGCAGAUUGUAGCUGAAUCCGGCGAUGCAGUCCCAACCAGCGAGGACGUGAGAGAUUUGUGCUUUAUACCUUAUUAUCUCCGAGCCAACAGAGGCGGAAAAGGACAGAUGCGAGUGGGACUACGGGUCGAAUAG